UCUCCUCUCUUACUCCGUGAUCAAAAUUUGUAUCGUUUCGAAAGAAAGUAUCAGAAUUAUUCAUCAAUCGGCAUUAAAAUUAUCAUCUUUAUCAUUUUCUUUAUUUUUUCUUUUUAGUUAUAAAAUGUCGCUAUUAAUGCGAGCAACAGCCGACAUUUUAUUCAACUCUAAUAAAUCUUAUUUUAAAUUAACCUCGAAUAUUGUAUUCAAGUUGUACACAAACAAUUUUUCCAAAAUAUUGUCAUCUAAUGUAAAUAUUUGCACAAUUCGUCUACACGAAACUGAAGCAUUCAAUGUCUCCCAAAAGAAAAUUGUAAACAUUACAUAUGAUGAAUUGUUUGAAAGACGAAGACUACAAGCUCAGCAUUCAGUUUUAAUAGAAGUACAGUCUGAAAAAUCCUAUACAGAUGUUUAUUUAUGUUGUUCUCAAUAUGGUAAAAUAAAAAGUGUAUUCCAUUAUGCAAUACAUAAAACAAAUAGGCAUUUUGUUUUAAUUGAAUUUGAGAAUCAAAAUAGCAUUAAUGCAAUUCUCGCUGCAUCAACUCAUGUUAAUUGCAAUCAAAUAAUUCCAGUUCAAACUACCAUGUUAUGGUUUCGCAAUUAUAAGCAAAAACUAGAUAAAAAAUUAUCAAACUCUCUUGCAGAUUUUCAUUUAUACAAAAAUUUCACUAAAAUUUUGAAUGAAAAUGAAGUUCUUAAAUCACUUACAAUGGCUGAAUCGAUAUCACAUCAAAUGUUCCUCUUGUACAGAGUAACAAAAUUGAAUGAUAUUGGCAUACGUUUAAGGUUUUACACUGCUCACCUACUAGAACGCUGCUUUUAUGGUUUAUUUCCAAAUAUAGCUGUUUUGCCAUUUGGUUCAUCUGUUAACGGCUUUGGUAAAGAUGGUUGUGAUCUGGAUUUGAGUAUUAUUUUAGCAAAGAAUAAAGCGGAAACUUCUGCAAGUCAAUUAGUUUUCCAAACGAAAUCGAAUUAUUCACAUGAAAAAUAUGAAACAAGAAAGAUCAUAGAAAUAAUAGCUGAUACAAUAAAAGUAUUUUUACCAGGAAUUUCAAAUAUGCGAAAAGUUUUGGAAGCAAGAGUACCAAUUAUCAAAUUUCAUCAUACUCUAACUGGGAUUGAGUGUGAUCUAAGUAUGACAAAUAUGUCAGCUUAUUAUAUGUCCGAAUUAUUAUAUAUAUAUGGUGAAAUAGAUAAUCGAGUAAAACCUCUUAUAUUUACUGUAAGAAAAUGGGCUGAAAGUGUACAGCUUACGAAUAAGAUGGUUCCUGGCCAAUGCAUUACAAAUUUUUCGUUAUCAUUGAUGGUAAUAUUUUUCUUACAACAAAAAAAAAUUUUACCUACUAUAAAUCUUCUUAAAGCACACGCAACACGAGAUGACAUUAGGAUAGCCGAUGUGUGUGUUGAUUGCACCUUUCAUCGUGAUAUAACUAAAUUACAAGAAGUUACAAAAGGUCACAGUCAGGAUUCUCUGGAAGAACUUCUUCGAGAAUUUUUUACAUUUUAUGGAAAUUUUGAUUUUGAAACCAAAGCAAUUUCCUUAAAGGAAGGACAUACAUUAGCAAAACCAGAAUAUUCUGCUCUUUACAUAUGCAAUCCCUUGGAAUUAACUUUCAAUGUUAGUAAAAAUGUAAGUUUCCAAGAAUUAGGAAGGAUGAGAGCUGCUAUACGAUGUGCUGCAUGGUAUUUGGAAGAUGCCAACAGUAAUAAAAAAUCGGAAAAUUGGGGAUUAAUUAGUCUAUUUUUGAACAAGAGUAUAGAAAAAACUUAUAUUGCACCAUCGAUUGACAUUGAAGCUCUUUUUCAAAGUAACAAGGAUUUCACAAUAAAAAAAGAUUCCAAUGUAAAAUCAACUCAAAAGAAAAAUAAAUCAAAAUUUUCAUGA